AUGACCUCCCCCUCAUCCUCCCCCAUCGUCUUCUACGAUAUCGCCAUGCGCCCCCCGAUCGAGAAGACCUGUUGCUCACCCAACCCGUGGAAAACGCGACUGGCCCUCAAAUUCAAAAACCGACCAUACCACACCACCUGGGUCCCUUUACCCGAGGUCGCCAACGUCCGCCGCAGCCUCAACAUCCCCGCCUGCCGCCAAUUCGCCGACGGCACCGACUUCUUCACCCUCCCCAUCAUCUCCGACCAGGCCACCGACGCCCUCGUCGGCGACUCCUUCGACAUCGCCGUCUACCUCCAACAGACCUACCCGGACGCAGGCGCCGGCGAUCUCUUCCCCCCACAGCCCCACCCCCUCGACUUCACCCACAACCUCAGCCUGCUCAUCCCGCUCUCCGACCCGCGCCCCAGCCACGCCGCCUUCCCCGACUACGCCCGCUUCAACGCGCACGUCGACGCCGCCUUCACCGCCCACGUCCAGCUCACCGUGGCCCGCUUCCCCUUCGACCCCGCGACGGCCGCGGCCAGCAAGGCCGAGUUUGUGCGGCGCGCCGGCGCAUCGCGCUGGGAGGACUUUGCGCUCGAGGGCGAGGCGCGGGACUCCGUCAAGGCCUCGUUCCGGGAGGCGCUGGGCGGGUUGGCGGCCUUGUUUCGGAGGGAUCCCGCCGGCCCGUUUCUGUUGGGCGCGAGGGCGAGUUAUGCGGAUUUGAUUGUCGGCGCCUGGUUGCGCAUGAUGCGUGCCACUCUGCCGGAGGGGGAGUGGGCGGAGCUGACGGGUUGGCAUGAUGGGGUUUUUGGGCGGUUGCAUGAGGCGUUGGAGGUGUAUGCCGAGGUGAAGUAG